AUGACAAAGUUUGAUCUUCAGCCUGACCAGGGUUCAAAUCCACGACACAUCUGGGCUCAGUGUAGUGUCGUGGAUUUGAACCCUGAGCCUGACUGGCACCCUGCGAUUCAGCUCCUGGCGCUAGGGAGACCUAGACCGCCUGGCACACAGGGAAGAGCGGCACUUGUAGACCAUAGGGCAGUGGAGUUCCAGAUGGCACGCAUUAAGGUCAUGCGGGUUCAUUUCUAUCCGAGGAGACAUAAAAACGAAGCGACGCAGAAGAGUAAAUACAAAAAGUAUACAAUAUCGUACCCAUACAGUUCAGAACCUGUCCCAGACCCUGGACACAGCCAGGAUCCUUUGCAAGCUAACAAAUCUAUCAAUAUGCCAGAGAGUAUCCAUAAUCCCAAAAACACGACAGAUCCGGGUACUGAGGCCAAGAAGACGGCCAAGAUAUAUUUCAGUUAUUUGUAUGAUGAAGUUCAGAGACUAAAAGAUGAAGAAGAUCGAGAUCGGUGGAUUCAGGAGCUGGCGGAACGAAAUGAUUUUCUGGAGAAUGAAAUACAACGAAUGGCAGAAGAGAUCAAGCGAUUGAGCCCCAAGAAAGAAAAGGAGGUCGACAAAUAG